AUGGCAGCGGCCGACGAGCUGGCCUUCCACGAGUUUGAGGAAGCCACUAAUCUUCUGUUGGAGACCCCAAAUGUGACCACUGUCAGCAGAAGUGACCAGCGGCCCCCCGAGGGGCACGUGGCUGUGGCCGUGGGCCCAGGUGGUAGCUAUGGAGCUGAGGACGAGGUGGAGAGCGACAAGACCGCGCUUUUACAGGAGGAGCAGCAGCAGCCGGGGUUCUGGACCUUUAGCUACUAUCAGAGCUUCUUUGAUGUGGACACCUCGCAGGUUCUGGACCGGAUUAAAGGGUCGCUGCUUCCCCGGCCUGGCCACAGCUUUGUGCGGCACCGUCUGCGGAAUCGCCCAGACCUGUACGGCCCCUUCUGGAUCUGCGCCACUCUGGCCUUUGUGCUGGCCAUCACUGGAAACCUGACAGUGGUGCUGGCCCAGAGGACGGACCCCUCCAUCCACUACAGCCCCCAGUUCCACAAGGUGACAGUGGCUGGCAUCACCAUCUACUGCUACGCCUGGCUGGUGCCACUGGCCCUGUGGGCCUUCUUGCAGUGGCGCAAGGGCGUCCGGGAGCGCAUGGGGCCUUACACAUUCUUGGAGACUGUGUGCUUCUAUGGCUACUCCCUCUUCAUCUUCAUCCCCACUGUGGUCCUGUGGCUGAUCCCGGUUCCGUGGCUCCAGUGGCUCUUUGGGGCACUGGCUCUGGCCCUGUCAGCUGCCGGCCUGGUGUUCACCCUCUGGCCCAUUGUCCGGGAGGACACCAGAUUGGUGGCCUCCGUGCUGCUCUCUGCCGUCGUCCUGCUCCAUGCGCUCCUGGCCGUGGGAUGUAAGUUUUACUUUUUCCAGCCACUGCCUCUGGAGCACAUGGCACCUACACACCAGAACACACCUCUGCACCCACACAUGGUCCUGACACCCACCCUGCCAAUGCCUACGACAGCCUAA